AUGGCGCCUCGAAGGGGUUGGUGCAAAUAUUGUCACGACGAUUAUCGUCCGGGUGAUAUUAUUAUUCGCUGUAUAACUUGCCCAAAGACAUUUCAUAAAGAAUGUUUAGAACAGGAUAUUCUUACAAAUUCUCUGUUAAAUGCUAAUAUUGUUGAUGAUGAAACUGGAAAGCUGGAUCUAUCCAAUUUCCGCUGUGAAAACUGUCUACAAUACGCAGAUAGUAAUGAAAUUGUGAAUGACGAACGUUGUAAAUUAUGCAAAGAAAAAAAUAGGGACUCUUCUGACAUACUUUUGUUAUGCGAUGGUUGUCCAAAUAGUUAUCAUAUGUCUUGCCUAGAACUGCAAGUUGAGCCGGAUUCUGAUAAAUGGUAUUGCCCAAUGUGUCGUCCAGACAAUUUUAAGGGAAUAAAUGUGAGGAAGUCGCGUAGAAACCCACUAACUGAUUCUAGUGAUCAUGUCAAUUCUUCCAUUUGCUAUGUUUGUCAAAGGCAUGGAAAAUUAUUAGGUUGUGAUUUUUGUAGUAAUGCAUUUCAUCACGAUUGUUUGCCGGAAUUUGAUGUUGGCACAAUAGGUGAUGUUUGGGAAUGCCCAUGUUGUAAAGGAGAGGAUCCAUUUUUAAAUCAGAUGCACAAGCGAUGGACUAUACAACAGAUUGAGAAGAAUGUUAAAACUAGAAAGAAAUGUAUAUCAUAUUGGAAGAACCAAAUAAGCAGGUAUAGAACAAGAUUCUUGUUAGCACAUAAGAGAGAACUUGAACCCUUUGUUACCGACAAGGUCAUGCAAUCGCUUUUGCGUACAUUUAACAUCCACGGUGGGGGUAAAAGGACGAAAGGCACAAGAAGCAUUGAGGUUCAAUUGGAAUCCCUCGAAGAAGAAGAGUUUGCCGAGUCCAACAAAUUUAUAAUUAAAGCUCAUAAGAGCGCAUAUUACCCUAGCGGUCGUAAAAUGGAAAGUAAACCCCUUAGAGCCGGGGUUACAUUGAAACCGCAUCAGGAGGAUGGUGUGGAUUGGUUAUUAAAAUCAUUUCUUACCGGAGGAGCAAUUCUUUCAGAUGAAAUGGGACUUGGGAAAACCAUACAAACUUUGUGUUUUUUGUCAUAUUUAAAACUUAUGAACAUUGAAGGUCCUCAUCUUAUUGUGGUACCAUUGUCUACAGUGGGAAAUUGGUUGAGAGAAGUCCAUAGAUUUACUCCACAUUUAACAUUUAUUAAAAUUUGCGGAUCCAGAACUGAACGUUUACAUGCUAUGGAGGAUAGAUUAGCAUAUAAUGGCCUUUACGACUUGUAUAUUACUACUUAUGAAACCGUGAAAAGUGAAGAACCGUUUUUCGUGGAAACGGUAAGUCGUUGGCAAUGUUUGGUUUUGGAUGAAGCGCAUCGUAUAAAGAAUCAAUCAGGUGCAGCUCGUCACUCUAUGGAUAGAAUUUCAGCAAAUAUGCGUCUUUUACUUACAGGAACACCACUUCAAAACAAUGCUACAGAACUCUUUACUCUUAUCAAUUUUAUGUUUCCUGAUAUGUUCAAAGAUUCUGCAAUCAUUGAAGAGGCAUUUACAAAUGCACAAAAGAAGGGACAAACUGAUGAUUCUAUUAUGGAUGGUUCUUUUAAUAGGGAAGAUUUAGAAUCCAUAAAGUUGCUUUUGGGUCGGGUUAUGUUGCGUCGUUUGAAGGAGCAAGCAAUAACAUUACCUAGAAAAAUAUUCCAUGAUGUUUGGCUUCCAUUGAGCAAGGUAUCCUUGUCUUGGUAUAGAACAUUAAUGAACGUGCGUUCUCUUAUGCAAGAGAAUGUAUCCAUUAAAAAACUCUUGGGUCUGGUCAUUAAAAUGAGAAUUGUCUGUGGUCAUCCUAGAGGGAUUGUUAGUAGAAGCACUCAAGCUGAAAAACUCUUUGAAUUUUUUAAACAAGAAGAACUUCGUCGUCAAAGUGAAGUUGAGAUGCAAGCCGAAAAAUUAAAGGAAAUGAAAGGUAACGAACAUAUUACAGCUAGUGCAAAGUUGACAUUUUUGGACAAACUCUUGCAGCAACUUCACUAUGAAAAUUGCACAAGAGUUCCAGGUUAUUCAAAACUUUUUAACAAUCAUCUCAAAGAAUUGGAUACGUCUGCAAAACACAAAAAGAAGUUCAAGAAGAAAAUGAAUAAGAAUGUAUCAACAGGCCAAACUGAUGGUAAUGCUGAUCUUUCUACAGAUGCUGGUGAAACUUUGGUCUCUGAAGAUAAUACCAAAGAGGAUAAUCCCCCUACCAUCGAUACUUUUAUUCGAACUCCACGCUCUACAGCCAAAGAUAGUCUCUAUCUCUCUGAUGGAUUAUUUGAAACGCCAUUGGUAAACGAGUGUCCAUAUGUCUCUCUGAAAAUUUUUGAAAAGGCUCAGGAUGAAGAAAAUAAGCGCAAAACGGAUUCGAACAUUACAGUUGUUCCAGAGGAAUUUAUAAGUUCGGCAAGGAAGAAUGAUAGGAAGAUUAUAGAUUCUGACGAUGAUUUUGAUGUUCCAAAGAAUGAAGAGAUCAGUAUCAAAACUGAGGUUACAGAACCGCAAAUUAAGAGUGAAGAUGAUCUAGUUAUCAAGGAAGAGAGUUUACCUGAAAGUGGUAUAAAGACCGAACACAGUAAUGUUAACAGGAAGCCUAUGAUGCACAAGGUCCUCGUAUUCACCCAAUUCCAGCUCGUUUUGGAUGAACUAGAAGCCUAUUGUUGCUCCAGAGGAUGGAAGUAUAUGCGUCUCGAUGGUACAACAAAUAAAUUGAUCAGGGAACUCGAUAUUCGUGAAUUUAACGCUCCAGAAAGCUUAUAUUUCGUUUAUCUAAUUAGUACUAGAGCUGGUGGUUUGGGAAUAAACCUAACAGCUGCUAAUCACGUUGUACUUUACGAUGAAGAUUGGAAUCCAUUCAUAGAUCUUCAAGCCAUUGACAGGGCUCAUAGGAUAGGUCAAAAAAGAGACGUACAUGUUUGGAAACUUAUUUCAGAAUGGACUGUGGAAGAAAGAAUGGCUUUGAGAAGAGAACAAAAGUUGCAUCUUGAUAAACUCUUGAUCAAUUCUAAUCAUGAAAUAGACUAUGAAGACAUUUCAGAGACUCCAAUCAUGACACUUUCCCCAGCUGCGAUUCUCAAGAUGAUGAUGCAUGGAAAUAAAGCCCUGAAAUACAUGAAUUGUGAGGAGAUCAUAGAACUACCUCUGGAUGAUAUCGUUAGUAGAGGAAGAAGGAAACCACCUAUGGAGUUUGACGAUGCUAUGGAUGAUGAUUUUAUAAAUGAUGAUGGUGCUGAUGCCUUUAUCGACGAGAUUUGUGAUGACGAUGAAAAUAUAGAUGUCAAUGAAGUUAUGCUUCAGGAAGAUUAUAUCCAACCAAUCGAGGCUCAAACAAGUUUGGAAAAUAAUGAUUCUAUAGAUGAAACCGAACAACCCUCUGAAUCCAAUAACCUAGAAUCCUCAUUCACUGAUUUAAAUAUGGAUGGUAAGGAUUUAUCUAUGCUUAUAGAUGCUUCUGGAAGGUUGUCAGUGAAUAAAAGGGUAAAGAGAAUGUAUCCAAAUAAAGAAGACCGAACAGAAAUGUUAAAACAAUUGGAGAGUGCAGGAUUGUUGUGGAGAUCUGGAAGGGAAAGAAAACCGCCUUCAACUAUGUAUGUCCCCGAGUCAUGGCGCAAGAAAACGGAAGUAAGACAAUUCCGCCAUGAAGUCAGAUGUUUCUGUUGUGGUUUUGGAAAGGGUCAUAAGGCUAACUAUAAGGACAAAAAUGGUGAAACUGCUGAGGUGGAAUAUGGUGAAUUGAUACAGUGUUUCAGAUGUCCAAAAUCAUAUCACAAAUUCUGUGAAAGGCUACCGGAUGAUACUCGCAAGACAUGGACAUGCAGAUGGCACGAAUGUUGUUUGUGUUUUAGAAAAAGUUCACAAUGUGGAAAUCUUUUGAUUCAUUGCUCAAACUGUCCAACUAGUUUCUGUUAUGAUUGUUUCCCUCCUGAUUAUACUAGACACUAUGUUGGAGAAGAUUACUACCAUUCGCUAAACCAGCGUGGAAUGAAUGCGAAUUCACAUAACUGGAUUUUCUUUUUGUGUUCAAAAUGUAAGAUACAGCAGGAGAAGGAAAAGAGAAAGAAACUUACCGGAGAAGAAAAGGAGGCGCGACAAAGAUUACAGAAAGAAUUGAGGAGUCAAAUUAUGAAUGAUUUGGAAAGAAAGAGGAUGAGAACAAAGGACGGUAGAAAGAGCACUAUAGAGGCUCUGAAGGGAGCCGACAUGGAACUUGAAAAUAGAAUGAGAGAACUCUAUGAAGGUCUAUUCCCACCAAAUCUCCUUAGUGAAAUUAAGCAGAGGAUAGAGGAUGCAAAAGUUAAAAAGGAAGCAAACGACAAGGCUGGAAUCGCAAAGACCAAGAGGGAGGUAUCAUUUUUGAAUACCAAACUACCCUCAAAACUGUUGACUAUCUGUGAUAACUGUAAAAUACCAUUCCACAACACGUUUAAAUAUCCUGGCCAAUGUCCAUUUCCAAAGGAGUGUAUCAAAAUUGAUUUUAAUAUUAAUUGUCAUAAAAAAUCUUCCGUUAAUCAGGAAGAUUCUGCCAUGUCUACAGAUGAUAUUGGACAACAUGAUGAAACUUCAGAUAUUUCUAAUAAGGAUGAAACAAAUCCAUCCGUAGUCAGUAGUAGUCCAGAACUGAAAAGUACGUCUUCUGAAAAGGGAAAAACAGAAAUGUAUGUAAAAACAAUUAAAAAGACAGCAUGUUCAAAAUGUCAAGUUGUUCAAACGGGCAAAUUUAUACAUUAUAGAAGGCAUUGUGACCUUUUAACAGCGGAGGAACUUUCUGAAUAUACAGAACGUCGUAAAAAGGUUGAAAGCGCCCUGGAAAUGGUAUCCAAGGCGUCUGUAAAGACACCUAAUUCUAUAGAUUAUUCAACAUUUACUAACACUAAGCUAAAAAUCACCUAUAAUCAAGUGAUCGAUGAGUGUGAUAUUGUCUUUGGGGACUUGCUUAUUAAAGCCGGUAUUCCAAUAAAAUCCAUAAAUAGGCUUACUGUAAAAGAAUUCCAAGCAAAUAAACAAAAUUUAAUUCAUCCUACUAGUACCAAUUUGCAAAGCUAUAUUUCUAAUGCAAAUGUUUCUACCGGGUCGUCACAGCCGGUUUUAUUAGUGCCACCACUGAAAUUAUCGCCACUCAAAGAAGAUGAUAAUUCGAAUGAAUUUACUAUCCCAAAGAUAAAAAAUAUAAAUGGUGAAUAA